GUCUCACAAUCCCUACCGCACCAGCACAAAUAAUUCGCAGAUUUUGUGGCCUUUCAUCCCUCAAUUGGAAAGUGUACCGUGGGGUUCUGGUGAAAUUCUUUGAGAUUGCUUCGAUCAUUGCUCAAAGUAGAGUCAAUUUUUGAAGAUUGUUGUCAAGACUUUGAGAGAGUGGGAGUUGAGUGCUCUUGAUUUUGACGCUGUUGAGGAGUAUGUGGUAUGUAAGUGUGGGUAUUUAUCUCUUCGACGGCGAGCUUGUACGAAGAAGAGUGGGUUAUGAGUCAAGUGCUUGCGUCCAAGAAAUAUAGGGUUGGAAUUGAUGCAGCUCAAGAAGCUCGCUGCUGCAACACCGACGAAUCACAGACUCUGUUUUAAAAUUCAAAGUGUUUCAGUGACGCAGCAGAAGAACGGAGGUCUACAUUCUUGCAUUGGGACAUUCCAAGAACAUUGUGAGGUGUUGAAGUUGGAUCAGCAGAUUCCAAGAACUGAGAUCAGUUUAACAGCCAGCGUUAGACUAAUUUCGUCAGAGAGAGCAAAUCCACUAGUAUAAUUGGAUAUGGUGGAGAAGAGGAAACUGAAAGCCAUUCAGGUGAGACGAGGAGGAUACCUGCUCGGGUCCCUGAAACGAUUCUCCCCCUCCUCCAUUGCCAAGACGUCUGCCUCUUCUUCCCUUCACGGACACAACUGCCACCACGCCCUCCCUUCGCUCCCCAAUGCCGCACCCUACAAGGGCGUGCGAAUGCGGGUGUGGGGCAAGUGGGUGACGGAGAUCAGAGAUCCCAUCACCAAGACGCGGAUAUGGUUGGGAUCCUUCGCCACCGCGGAAAUGGCCGCCCGAGCGUACGAUGCCGCCGUUGUGUGCCUCAAGGGAGCGUCGGCUCCGGAGCUGAACUUCCCCGACGCCAUUCCGCCGUUCUUGAUCCCCCAGUCCACGUCCUCUCCCAAGGAGAUUCAAGCCGUCGCUCUGGCAGCUGCCACGGGCUCCAUCCAGCCGGGUGCUCCCGCACCCAUCCAAGCCGCAUCAGGGGGUGCUCGCCAGGAAUCGGAGGUGGACGUCGUGGGCUCCGCAUCGUCCAAAUGCAUGGACGUGGAGCACGCACAUGGGAACGACGCGGAGGGGGAGAAUCAUGACAUGCCCGACGUGAAGCAGCGCAGCAGCGAGGCAGAUUUGGAGGAGUGGAUAAAGAAGGAGUUCGGAGAGAUGGAUCCGUGA